GGGCGGAGCUAAAGUGUCGUCUUUAUAAAAUGUCAACAAUUCAACAUGCCGGAGACUCGCCUGGAGAAUGCAAAGGAAGCAUAUAACAUCGUUUCAGUUGUAUCUAAAUUUGCUGAUGAUCAUUUGAAUAUUGUCCGGAAAACCAGCGCUGUGCUCGCUAUCGCAGGUCUUAUUGUAAUAUCUAGAAGUAUCAAAUUAAUCACUAAGUUUAACUCCGUUUCUGAGAUCCCAGCUCGCUUUAUCGAGCAGAAUGUCAGUCUCCGAGGGAGAGUCAAGUCCAUCACUGAGAAAGGUCUGGAAGUGGAACACAUCCCAAUCCACGUACCUCUCCUCUCCACACUGCUGACCAGACGUGUGUGUUUGUCGCGGCUGGCGGUGCAUCUGGCAGGGGUGGAGCUAACCCCAGAGGCCAGGUUGUGGAUGGAGGAGAACCUGAGCCCCACCCAGGUGGUCUGGCUGAGGCUCCUCAGCAGGGACCAGGAGACUCUGCACUGUUUAGUGUCUCUCAGCACAGGGUCAGUGUGGGCCAGGAGUGUGAACGAGGAGCUGCUGAAGCUGGGACUCGCCCGCACAGUUCCUGUCUGGGGACUUCCUCCUCAGUCACGGCUACACUGGCGCCUCCACAAACGGCUCCUCCAAUCAGAGGUCAGCGCUGAGAGGAAGAGGCGGGGACUGUGGAAGGAGGACAGCCAAUGGGAGAAGGCGUCUCGGACCUUCAGAGAAAAUCGGGUGGUCAGAUUCCUAAUGAGACUCUUUAAGUGGACCUGAUGAAUUGAUCGACCAGGACUUUCCGAAUUCCGUUUCUUUAGAGGCUUGUCAAGGCGAACUGUGCUGUAAUGAUUCCAAGAUGGCAUCCGCAUGGUUUAGAGGUGAAUGGGAGAAAAGCAAUUGAGUGGUUUGUUCAGGAAAGUCAUCAAGAGUCAUCAAGUCUUGUAAAAGUGUUUAUAUUUUUAGCAUUGAAAGUUGCAUGUUUUAUCAAGACAUUCAGACUGUAUUGUCAGGUCUAGGAUGAGGCAGAGGGCCUUUUGAAACACAGAUUUGCUCUCUCUCUCUCUUUCUCGUAAUGUGUAUCCUAAAGUUUUAAACCUGGCUUGAAUCUUAAAACUGAACACCCCAAACUGUAUUGCACCUUAGUUACAGACUUUAUUCCUCACAGUCUAUUUACAAAUAUAAAACCAAACCAGUAUAUUU